AUGGGUUCUUUUCAUUUGCUCCUUCUGCUUCCAACUUUCUUUUCGCUCUUUGUUCACUGCUCUUCCUUUCCUAUCACUGAAGCAGCUAUCGAUCAAGCUUCGAAAGCUUACUAUAACUGCACAACGAACGCCACUUUUGCUGCCUAUAGCGCUUACCGUUCCAACGUCAAAACGCUCCUAGAUUGGCUCUCCUCCAAUGGCACUAACAAUGCCAGAUUCUACAACACCACAGUUACUAGCAAAAACACUGCAGACACAGUCUAUGGUGACUUCAUUUGUGUAAGAGAGAUCAACCAAAAACGUUGCCAAGAAUGCGUAACAGAAGCAGCCAAACUUAUAUCAUCACUAUGCACAACCGCAAAAGAAGCCAUACUCUGGUACCAAGUAUGCUAUGUGCGCUAUUCUGAUCGUUGUUUCUUCUCUACCGUGGAGGAAAGUCCUAAACUUUCCUUCAUGAACGUUCACGAUUAUGUGGGCGAUGUUGGGCGCUUCAACAAUAUUCUGUGGGAUAUGAUGAACGAUUUGAGAACUGAGGCAGCAAGUGCUUCCAAUAAAUCAGCUGACAAAGAAGUAAACAUCACAGACAACCAAAAGCUAUAUGGCUCCGCUUGGUGCCUUCCAUAUCAUUCCAAAGACAACUGCAGCUGGUGUCUUAGUGAUGCCAUAGCAGAAAUUCCAACCAGUUGCUGCAAAGGAAAAACUGGAGGAUCAAUAAUAUAUCCCAGUUGUUUUGUUAGAUAUGAAUUAUAUCCAUUCCACAAGUCACACAUCAGGGGUGAUUUGUUGCCGCAGCCACCACUGCCCAACAGUCCUCCUCCUAUUACUUCACCAGGAAAAAGAAAACAGAAGACACUGACAACGAUUGUGAUCGUUGUUCCAAUUGUUGUUUCACUGGUGGUUUUAUUUGUGGGCUGCUGCUGUUUUCAAUGCAGAAAAGAAAGAAAAAAGCAACAUGAUAUUCUCAAAGAAAGCUUUGGGAAUGAAAGCACCACUUUGGAGUCCUUGCGAUUUGAAUUAGCCAAAAUUGAAGCUGCAACAAACAAAUUUGCUAAAGAGAACAGGAUCGGCAAAGGCGGAUUUGGAGAAGUCUACAGGGGUAUUCUGUCAGAUGGACAAGAAAUAGCUGUGAAGAGGCUUACUGGAAGCUCCCGGCAAGGUGCAGUGGAGUUUAAAAACGAGGUUCAAGUUAUCGCCAAGCUUCAACACAGAAAUCUAGUGAGGUUGCUUGGAUUUUGCUUAGAAGGUGAAGAAAAGAUACUCAUUUAUGAGUACGUGCCAAACAUGAGUCUUGAUUAUUUUUUAUUGGAUACCAAGAAGCGAAGACUACUAUCUUGGUCUGAACGCCAGAAGAUCAUCAUAGGAAUUGCUCGAGGAAUUCUAUAUCUACACGAGGAUUCUUGCCUCAAAAUAAUACACCGUGAUUUAAAACCUAGUAAUGUUCUGUUAGACAGUAAUAUGAAUCCAAAAAUCUCAGAUUUUGGGAUGGCUAGAAUUGUUGCUGCUGAUAAAAUUGAAGAAAGCACAGGCAGAAUUGUAGGGACAUAUGGCUAUAUGUCUCCAGAAUAUGCAAUGUAUGGACACUUUUCUGUGAAAUCUGACGUUUUUAGUUUUGGAGUCAUGGUUCUGGAGAUUAUUCAUGGGAAGAGGAAAGGUUGUUCUUCUGAACCAGAGGGUAUUGAUGACAUCCGGAGACACGCUUGGACAAAAUGGACAGAGCAAACGCCUCUGGAACUAUUGGAUCCUAAUAUGGAAGGACCUUAUGCACGAGAAGAAGUCAUCAAAUGCAUUCACAUUGGUCUGUUAUGCGUUCAGGAAGAUCCAAACGAUAGACCCACAAUGGCAACGGUUGUGUUUUACCUCAACAGCCCUUCAAUCAACUUGCCAUCCCCUCAUGAACCAGGAUAUUUUAAGCGUGAUAAAAUAGAAGACAACAAGACGACCAACAAAGAAUUUGAUUAUACCAGUGAUUCCAUUAACGGAAUUACCCUAACCAAAUUCUUUCCUCGUUAA